AUGGGGAAUCUGCCCAGAAGACGCCUACCUCCAUUCAUGCACACCAUUGUUGACCUGUUCGGUCCAAUCUACAUUAAGCAGCGUCGAAGUGAGUUAAAGAGAUGGUGCGUGUUGUUUUGCUGUGCAAAUGUAAGAGCCAUUCAUUUGGAAGUAGCCGAGACACUUGAAACUGAUGCGUUCUUGAACUGUCUCACUCGUUUUGCGAAUCGCCGUGGCUACCCCAAAACGAUCACUUUAGACCGAGGUACAAACUUUGUAGGAGCAGAGCGAGAGAUGCGUGAAGGAUGGGAGCGGCUUGCACACAAUCGGAUAAAGCAGAACCUUACCAAGCACGGAACUGAUUGGAAUUUCCAUCCACCAAAUGCCCCUCAUAUGAAUGGAGCGGUAGAAAGAUUGGUAAAAUCCUGCAAACGAGCUCUUCAUGCUAUUCUUUUAAAUCGACGCGUAGACUCAGAUGUCUUGCAUACUGCAUUGGUAGAGGUAGAAGGUAUCCUUAACUCACGACCGAUUACACCAGUCUGCUCCGAUCCACUUGACCUCGAGGCGCUCACUCCCAACCAUAUCCUAAUCCAUCGACCCAACCUGAAUUCACCCUUCGACGUAGUGAUCUUGAUCGUGAGAUAAACUCGAGGAAGAAAUAUCGGCAAGCACAAGUCCUCGCAAAUAUGUUUUGGAAUCGAUGGCUUAAAUGGAAGCCAUUAUUAACGAAAAGAAACAAAUGGACAGACGAAGUGAGAAAUUUGGAGAAGGACGACUUAGUACUGGUUGUAGAACCUAAUGUAUCGCGUGGCAUGUGGCCUCACUGGGAGAGUUUUGCGUUCGUUCCCUGGCAAAGACGGAAGAGUCCGAAGUGCAGAAGUGAAGACCCCGUCUGGAAAUUACGUUAGACCGGUAGCAAGAUUGUGUCUCCUGGAGGAAAACGAAGAUGACAACUCUGAAAACUCAAUCACCCAAUAA